AUGGUUGUUUCUUCUCACACCGCACUUGAUCAGAAAACCAUCGACGAAAGCACCGUAAGAGAAGUUGCAGAAGAACUUAAUCUACUUGUUGUGCAGUUGAGUCCUCCUAACACUACAGCAGUUGAUGUGGAUCUUGUUGCAAACGUGUGUGAUAACAUUGUUCUCUCAAAUGUCAAAAAAGAAACGGCAAAAAAGGCGUACGAAUACGUGGUUAAUGUUACAAGCUCAAUGAUGAAUGUUCCUCGCAGUACAAUUAGGGAAAGCGAAUUGGCUAGCAACAGCAGUAGAAGAUUUAUUCGCAACAUCGAACAAAUUGCUGAGAAAUAUCCUCUAACACCAAGCUCUCUUUCAAGCAUUACACAAACAGAGAAACUGGCCAUUUACGGCACAGAUGAAACCGUUGGGAAAUUUCAUGGUCUCUCUUUCUUUCAACUAGAUGACGGCUACUCGUUCGGACCCGACCAGGAACAACUAAAUACAGAUCUAAAAACAAAUUUGGGAAUUCAUUUGCCAUCAGAUGUUCUAACAACUAAAAACAUGCCAAAUGCAAGAAUUUCUUUAGUCGUGUAUAGUACAAACGUGAUGUUUCGUGACAAGAAUGUGCAAGAUGUGGCAAUCGGUAACUUGUCCAAACCUGUAAGAGUUGCGUUUCCUCUACCGGACAUAAAAAGCAACUACUUUCCUCACUGCAAUUUUUGGAAUAAUGAAUUAAAUGACUGGUAUGGAGGUUGGGACAGAGAGGGUUGUGAGACAGCUGAAUUGGCAUCAUCAUAUGCAAUUUGUUAUUGUUAUCAUCUAACAAGCUUCUCCGUGCUCAUGACUCCGUGUGGCGACAACAACACGUGUCCAUGCGAUACUGUAGCAGAUGUAAAUUUGUCUCUAGUUUCAUACGUUGGGUCCGCUAUUGGAUUAGUGUCACUACUGGCAACCAUUGUUUGUCUAACUUUAGCCAAAUGCUGCAAAAGAAACAAUGUUUUAACAAAUCCAGUCAAGAUCCAUUUUAAUCUGUGCGGUGCUCUAGCUUUAACGAUCAUAACAUACUUUACUAUUAACAAGAGUGACGACAAUGCGUACUGCGCUACGUCUGCCGUACUUUUGCACUACUUUUUCCUCUCAUCUAUUCUCUGGAUGCUUAUGGAAGGUCUCUCCAUCUACAGAGAUAUAAUUGUGGUGCUUCAGUACAAACUGCUGCAUAAAAAACGAUUUGUUCUGAUUGGUUCUGCUGUCGUUCCGUCUCUCUGCGUCAUUGGUAUCAACAUCGUCGUCGCGAUAAGAUCAAUGGCUGCUUUCAAGAAACAAGGACGGAGUGUCCCGCGUAUUUCGACGGCUGGCGACGUGAACAGAAUUAAGGCGUUUUUCGUUUUCAGUUGUCUUUUUGGAUUCACGUGGAUUCUCGGAGCUGCGACGAUUUUUGAUUACGACAAGAUUGUUGAUGGAACAAAAACUCAAUGUCUUGUUCUUAAAGCCUUCCAUUAUCUGUUUGCAAUUUGUAACUCAAUGCAGGGAUUUACAAUUUUUCUUUUUCACAUUGUCUUAAACAAAACCGUUCGAAGGCAAAUUGCACAGCUGCAGAGGAUAGUUUGCAUCUAUGAAUCUGAUAAACGAAAGAGCAGAGAGUACAAAGCAGACGACGAAUCGAAGGACAGCAAAGAUACUCUAAAGGCAACCACAAUUACAACGCUAAACAAGUCUUCCACGAGUGCAUCUCAUGGCAAACAGGAAGAACUGCUUGAAGAAGUUGACAUUGAAAUGUACAAUCUUUAA